AUGUCCCAUCAUGCCCUGCGGUGCCUCUGUCCGCUCGUCAAACAGCUGUAGCGUGUGUCCGGACAGUGUGGGGAUCGAACCUGUGCGCUGCUGCUCUGUGUGACCUCUGACCUCUGACCAUCCCCUCCACUCUGUGACGUGUUAUGAACAACUAUGAGGUCGUCCGUCAGAUCGGAGAGGGUGCGUUUGGAAAGGCCUUCCUGGCCAGAGAGAGGGGUGGAGACAGACAGUGUGUGGUCAAACAGAUCGACCUCAGGAAGAUGUCAGCCAGGGAGAAGGAAGCGUCCAAGAAAGAGGCGUCGCUGCUGUCCAAGAUGAGACAUCCCAACAUCGUCUCCUUCUCUGCGUCGUUUCAAGAGAGAGGAAGCCUGUACAUCGUUAUGGAGUAUUGUGACGGAGGAGAUCUGAUGAAGAAGAUCAACAUGCAGAGAGGAGUCAGCUUCACUGAGGAGCAGAUCGUCAGCUGGUUCAUUCAGAUCUGUUUGGGCCUCAAACACAUUCACGACAGGAAGAUUCUCCACCGAGACGUCAAGACUCAGAACAUCUUUCUGUCCAACGGAGGGAUGAAAGUGAAGCUCGGCGACUUUGGAAUCGCAAGAAUGUUGAAUAACACCAUGGAGCUCGCCAGGACGUGUGUCGGGACGCCGUCCUACAUCUCACCAGAGAUCUGCGAGAGUCGGCCGUACAACAACAAGACGGAUAUCUGGUCUCUGGGCUGUGUCCUGUAUGAACUCUGCACCCUGAGGCAUCCAUUUGAGGGCAGCAGUUUGCGACAGCUGGUCAGUAAGAUCUGCAGGGGGCGCUACAACCCAGUACCCAGCCGCUACUCCUAUGACCUCCGCCUGCUGGUCACCCAACUCUUCAAGGUGAACCCCAGAGACCGUCCCUCGGUCAGCUCUGUCCUCGGGCGUCCUUUCCUGGAGAAGCACAUCAGCAAACACCUGGAUCCACAGGUGAUGCAGGAGGAGUUCAGUCACUCGAUGCUGCAUCAGAACAGAGCAGCAGCAUCACAAGCAGCCAGAACAAGAGCAGCAGAGAGGAUCCAGAGGUGGAGAGGAGCCGAGAGGCCGGGGGCCCGGGGCCCGGGGGGGCCGCUCGCCAAGCCGGACUGGAGGGUCCCACUCAGAGCCCAUACACCCGCCUACCACAAACCUCUUCAUCAAAGAGCAGCACAACCAGCGGCAGACAGAGACGUCGCAGAGCAGCACAACCAGAGGUUCAAUGAGCCUGUCAGUCACUACCAGCUGUACCACGCUCAGCUGGACGUCUUUCAGAGGAGGAGCAAGGAGGACGUCCUUCCUCCUGAGAGGGAGCAGCCAUGUGAAGACCACGCCCCUCGUCCUGCGGCGCCCUAUCAGCUUGUGGCAGCAGCUCGUCAUGAAUACCUGCAGAGGAGACUGGAGGCAAACCAGUACAAGCUGAGAGCAGAGAAGCAGCUGGGUCUGCGUCCGUGCACAGCCGAGCACAACAGGAGGCCUGGAGGUCGGGAGCGGGACGUGGGACGACCCGAGCACCAACACACACCUCAGGACAGAAGACAGGAAGGACAACAGGAGUACCUGCGUCAGUUGGAUGGCAUCAGGCAGCAGUAUCAGCAGGAGAUGAAACAGAUGAGGCUAAGAGCUGAAGCUGAGUCUCAGUCACAACAGAAACGUGGAACCUUUGUGGUGGAGAAACCCAGAGAAGCUGGAGCAGCCGGUGCAGAGCAGCAGAAAGCUGCACCUCCACAGGUGAAUCAGCUCGUUCACAUACAUGUGUUACAUAACAUGGAUAAACUACACUCACCUGCUCACCACGUCUCGCUGCCGCUGCAGGACGUGGAAGCAGCUCUGAGGCAAGUGAGAGACGAGACCAGAGCUCUGCAGAGAAAUCCCAGAGACAAGAAGGGAAUCAUGUUUGAGAUUCCAUUAGAUGACGAGGAGAAAGAGGGCGUCGACCCACUGAACCAGACCCUGAGCUUCCAGGAGGGGGAGGAGUUGAAGCUCAAGGAUUGGUUGGAGAAAAGAAGGGGGUGGAGUCUGAGGACUCCUCGGACUCUGCUGGAUGCACUCGCCAACAUGGACGUCCACUCCGGCUACGAUACUGUCGCUGAGACUAAAGAAGGUGAGGAGGCGGAGGGUCACAGACAGUGGGUCGACGCCCCCCCCACCACACUGCUGAACGCUCUCACUCAGGCUGAACUCGCUUCGUCACCUCUGGACUCAGAGACCACAGAUUUAGAGCCAGAGGAUGACGAAGAGAAGGAGAAGAGAGAGGAAGAUACAGAAGAGAAGCAGGAGGAGGAGGAAGAGGAAGAGGAAGAGGACUCUGAUGUGGAGAUGGAUGAAGAGCGACUGGAGCCGAGGUCAGACGACGACGACACGAACUUUGAGGAGUCGGAGGACGAACUGAGAGAAGCGGUGUCAGACUCCAUGAAGAACCUGUUCGUCAUGGAGGACGGGAGCUCAGACGGAACAGACAGUUCAGAGGCAGUGGGGGAUGAUGGGAAGGAGGGUAGCGAAGACGGGCCUGCAGCGAGUGCCGCAGACCCUCAACAAGUCGUUUUGUCCGAGCCCAGAGAACGUUACGGUCAGGAACGAUCAGACGAGUCCCAGGAGAACGAUAACACGUCUGUAAAUACACAGCAUCAGACAACCGGACUCAUCAAGUAGGUGUGAAAGAGGAUUUCACACUCUGGUGAACACGAGCGCUCAGCUGCUUCCUGCUGACAUCAAUCUUUAAAAACACCUCAAACAUAUUUAGUUUCCAGUAAAAUGUUUCCUGAAGCAGCUGCUCAUUCUAGUUUUCAUCAAACUAACAGGUGGACAUUUGUUGGGGACUAUUUUCAUCGGCAGAUAAUUAGUGUAGUGAGCUGUAUUAGUGGCAGCAGGACAGUGUGUGUGUGUUGUCAUGGUGAUGAAGGAAUGUUUUUACAGUGUAAAGGCUCAUUUAUUAGAUUUGAUCAGAAACGUCCACGGAACCAGACGGAGCCUUCUGUCCGAUACAGAUGAAACGUAGCAGUACCACCGAAUCUAUGAGGGGGCAGUGUCGCAGGUAGUUUAAACGAGACAUCCAUAAGAUACAAAGACAUUUUUAUAAUGGCGAAAUGUUUAGAGGAUUGAUAAGUUAAAAUGUUUGGUGUCUCUGCCCUCUAGUGGAUGUAUUGCUUAACAACCAUGCUAACGCAAAGGACACAUGGAAGUAUGUGAGCAGGGACGGCUACAUGCUUUGAAAUGGACGUAUCACUUUUUGUACGUCCAGGCAGAAUAAACAAGUCUUUACAGUG